AUUAAAUCAGAUAUAUCAACAUUUGAGAGUGCUUUAAAGCUUUCAACUGACUAUUUGCUAAAUUCUCAGAAUCUGAUGAAGUACUUGAUAUUGUCAAUAUGUGAAAAAACCUUCCAAUCAUACCCAAAAUAGAACAAAACUAUGCAUAUUAAUUUUCAUAAGUCGUCGUGCAGGAGUGUGUCCGCAGUACCAAACCUUCGCCCGGCAUUUACUUCCGCCUUCAUUUUCACUUUCUGCCCCCUACAAAUCUUGAUUAGACUGUGAUCAAAAUGUCUGCUAACGCUGAUGCCACCCUGAAAAAGAUAUUUGAAUACAUUGAGGGAAAUCAAGAUCUUUAUGUUCAGAGACUAGCUGAUGCAGUUGCCAUCCAGAGCGUGUCAUCAUGGCCAGAGAAACGCCCAGAAAUAGUUAGGCAGGUCAAGGAAGUUGCUAAGCAAAUUGAAAGCCUUGGUGGACGUGUGGAACUCUGUGAUGUUGGCAUGCAAGAUCUCCCCGACGGAACAAAGAUUCCAUUACCCCCAGUCAUCCUGGGACAGCUUGGCAAUGACCCCAGCAAGAAAACCGUCUGCAUCUAUGGUCAUCUCGACGUCCAACCUGCUAAGAAGUCAGAUGGAUGGGACACGGAACCAUUUGUUUUGACAGAAAUAGAUGGGAAGAUGUACGGAAGAGGAUCCACAGAUGACAAGGGUCCAGUGCUCGCUUGGCUGAACUGCAUUGAAGCCCACCAGAAGCUCAACAUAGACAUCCCAAUCAACAUCAAGUUCUGCUUCGAGGGCAUGGAAGAGCAUGGCUCCGAGGGACUUGAUGACUUACUCUUCGCCAGGAAAGACACCUUUCUAAAAGAUGUUGAUUAUGUGUGUAUAUCUGACAACUACUGGCUGGGAAAGACUAAGCCCUGUAUAACCUACGGCCUCAGGGGGAUCUGCUACUUCUUCUGCGAAGUUGAAUGUGCCGCCAUGGACCUUCACUCCGGAGUGUUUGGUGGGACUGUCCAUGAAGCACUUGGUGAUCUGAUUGCGCUCAUGGGUAGCCUGGUGGACAGUAAAGGAAAGAUCCUGGUGCCUGGUGUUUACGACUCCGUAAAGGAACUCUCAGAAGCUGAGGCCAAGCUGUAUGAGGUCAUUGACUUCGACAUGGAGGACUACAGGAAGGAUAUUGGUGCUCCAAAACUCAUCCAUGAUAAGAAGGAGCAUGUACUACAACAUAGGUGGCGCUAUCCAUCCCUCUCUCUCCAUGGUAUUGAAGGUGCAUUCAGUGACGUUGGUGCUAAGACAGUCAUUCCAAAGAAGGUGAAUGGUAAAUUCUCUGUCCGAAUUGUCCCGGAUCAGAAUCCUGCUGAGAUCGAGAGGUUGGUGAAGCAGCAUCUGGAGAAAGUCUUCAAGGAGAGAGGCAGCCCUAAUAAACUCCACGUUGAGAUGGGCCAUGGAGGCAAACCAUGGGUGAGCGACUUUGACCAUCCUCACUACCUGGCCGGCAGGAGAGCCGUCAAGACCGUGUUUGGUGUUGAUCCUGACCUAACCCGAGAGGGUGGCAGCAUCCCUGUCACUCUCACCCUCCAGGAGGCGACCGGGAAGAACGUCAUGCUGCUACCGAUGGGCCAGUCUGAUGAUGGAGCACAUUCACAGAAUGAAAAGUUUGCUAGGAAUAACUACAUCAAGGGGACCAAGCUGCUUGCCGCAUACUUCCACGAGAUUUCACAACUCUAAAGGCACACAAUCACAACAACCAUAGACCCGCGAUUUGGCACGGCUGAAAAAGACUUAAGACAGAUUUACUGAUGAGAUCAUAGUCUGCACUUAUCAAGUUACAAACUUUUCAAAGAAGAGAUGACACUGCUGCAAUGCAGUAUGGGAAUUGUAUUUAUGUUGAAAAGCCAUUGAAAACAGUGAUCACUGAAAGAGCAUAAUCAUAAUGUAAUCUAUUUGCAUAUUUAAGUACAUUGAUUUACAUGGUUGAAACAGGUGUUUGAAAGGAGUUUAGUGGUCUUUUUCUUGUUGAUCCUCAAAGAGUAUUCCAUCAGUAAUGCUUUGAAUGCAAUUGUGCAACUAAUAAGAAGUAUAGUAGACUGUAGUGGACAAAUUGAGCCAGCAAUGUAAGAUCAACCGUUCUGGUGAUUGCAUGAGUUGGUAAAACCUUCUGGUAAUACCAUCUGUUGUUCUAUAUCCGAGUAUUAAAUCGUUAUUUUCUGAUUGAAA